AUGGCUGGCCUCGCGUCAAAGCAGAUCACAGUGAUUGUAUCUUUUGUGGUGUUGAAUCUGUUUGCAAUGGUUGCUACUGGCCUUCGCUUCUAUUCUAUGAAACUUAUCCAUCGUAAAGUCAAAAUCCACGAUUUUCUUUGCAUCAUCUCGUUGGUAAUGCUUAUUGCGUACAGCAUCGUUCUGCUUAUCGGACCAACCGGCACGAUCACGGGUGGUAUUGGGCUUCAUGCUCUCCAUGUUCCACAAUCAAAAAGGGAGAUUGGAUUAAAGGUACCAUCCCCAGCCUUCCAGGAACAAUCAACCGAAGAGUUACUAACGUGGCCUGUGCAGGCAUUUUUCUCAUCACAAUUCUUCUGGGCCAUCUCGAUUGCCAGUUUCAGACUUGCUAUCUUAGCUCUCUAUGUCCAAGCCUUCCCCACCAAAGUCUUCCAAUAUUUUGCCUACGGUGCCAUGAGCAUUGUAUGUCUCUUCUUCGUCGGCAGUAUCACGACAACCUUGGCAAUUUGUCACCCAAUCGCGUCCAAUUGGGAUGAAAAUGUCAAGGGAAAAUGCGGUGACGAAGGAACAGCCGAGUUAGCCGCAGCUGCAUUCAAUAUGGCCCUCGAUAUCGGCAUCGUGAUCUUGCCAGUGCCAGUUAUCUGGGGUUUGCAUAUGAGCAAACAGAAGAAGGCUGCCGUGAUAGCCACCUUUGCGUUGAGCUUGGGUAUCUCUGCAAUUAAUCUAGCGCGCAUCAUUCAAGUCUUACGUUGUAGCCUACUCGACUUUACAUACUGCACUGCGGAUAGUGCGAUACUGACAGUGGCUGAGAUGGCAGUCGGGAUCAUCGUCGCUUGCGUCCCAAUGCUUGGCCCGGUGAUCUUCCCCGAGCGUCGCCGUCGAUUCGACCAGCGUUAUGUCUACCAGCAAAAUGAGACCUGGUAUGGCUCAUCUCACAAGCACAUUCGGCAGCAUAGCGAUGGCCAGGGUAGUACCGAGAUGACUUUGGGGCCUACCUGGGAGAACCGGCGGAACAUACAUUAUAACAAAGCCCUGCCCCCAACGCCAGUCAAAGUCAGACAAGGUGAGAUCGCUUUGUGGCGUGAGUUUGAGGUGCAGUCAGACACAGACAACCGAGCGUAA